GCAAGCCCAGUCCUCAGCCUAUAAACAGCUGCCUCCAGCACAGAAACACAAGUUGCAUUCAUCAAGGAAAAAUGAAGACUCUCAAUCUCAGCAUUCUACUGAGCCUGGCAGUCACUGUUUACUGCUUGCCAGUAUCACAGUUUACAGUGCAAGAUGAAGGUUUUGCAGAGAGCUACCUGAAGAAAUUCUUCAGCCUAAAAGAGGACAAUGGUCCAUCAGUCAGACGGGGCAUCAGCCCAGUGAGCAAGAAGCUAGGUGAAAUGCAACGAUUCUUUGGUCUCACCAUCACCGGGAUGCUGGAUGCUGACACCUUGGCCAUGAUGAAGAAGCCUCGCUGUGGUGUUCCAGAUGUUGACAUUGCUGGUUACUCCACAUUUGGAAACAACUACAAGUGGGAGAAAAACAACCUUACAUACAGGAUUGAGAACUACACACCUGACAUGUCUGUGUCAGAGGUGGAUGACUCCCUCAAGAAAGCGCUGGAGGUCUGGGCCAAAGUCACUCCUCUGAGAUUCACAAGAAUCUACAGUGGCACCGCUGACAUCAUGAUCUCCUUUGGCAGUCGAGCACAUGGAGAUUUUUACCCAUUCGAUGGCCCUGAUGGUACUCUGGCCCAUGCCUUUGCUCCGGGUGCUGGCAUCGGAGGAGAUGCUCAUUUUGAUGAAGAUGAGACCUUCACUUUUCGCUCAAACGCAGGCUACAUCCUCUUCCUGGUAGCUGCCCAUGAGUUUGGCCACUCCCUGGGCUUGACUCACUCUGAAGAUCCUGGUGCUCUCAUGUACCCUAUGUACAUAUACAGAAACCCUGACACUUUUGUUCUGCCCCCGGAUGAUGUCAAGGGCAUCCAGUCACUGUAUGGUCCAAAUCCUGAUCCUGUUGAGCCUGGGCCCACAGGAGCCCCCACCCCUGAUGCCUGUGAUUCAACUAUGGUCUUGGAUGCUGUUGCCACCCUGAGAGGAGAGAUGCUCUUCUUCAAGGACAGCUUCUUCUGGCGUAGCUACCCUCAGAGCAAUACACCUCAGCAAAGUCUCAUCACAAACUUCUGGCCUGAUGCCCCUGUCAAAAUUGACGCUGCCUAUGAGAGCCCAGAAUUAGACAGUGUCUUACUCUUUAAAGGUCAAAAAGUGUGGGCUUUCAAUGGUUAUGAGAUUGUACGUGGCUAUCCUAAACCAAUUUCCAUUUUUGGUCUGCCCAAAACUGUGAAGAAAGUGAAUGCAGCUCUCCAUGAUAAAGAAACUGGCAAGACUUUGUUCUUUGUAGGCAACAAUUACUACAGUUAUGAUGAGGCCAAGAAGACUAAGGACAAGGGUUUCCCCAAACGGGUGGAUAAGACCUUUUCUGGAAUGACCGGCAAGGUGACAGCAGCUUUACAGCACAGAGGUUUCACAUACCUCUACAGUGGACCCAGAAUGUUUGAGUACAGCCUGGAGAGUGGGAGGUUGUUCCGUGUGCUCAGAAACAACUACUUCUUGAGUUGCAACAACUUCUAGACCAGUUUAUUAUUGAGGUUGUUUAUGUAGCCUGUCUGAAUGAAUGCACCAGAGAAAAAAAAAGUGGCCAUAAAAUGCACCUUAUAUAGUUUUUAAAACUGCUUCAGAAUAGCAUGUUCUAAUGUCAGCCAUUUCUAUUCUAAGUAUUUUGAGCUCUGUUUUAUUCUAUUUUAUUAAUGAAAUAGUCACUGCUGUGAUGUUAUUUUUGUUACUUUUAUGUUUAAUGUUAAAGUUUGCUGUUUAACUGUGAAACAUGUUACAUAAAGCAAUUUAACACUGUUACAGUUGUACAUCUAUGCAUAAUUGUACGACACUGUGAUGGAACAUAUAAAUGUUUGUCUAUUUAUAAAUGUGACAGUGAAAUGGA